AUGACGAGAAAUGUAUUUGUUGUCGGUGUUGGUAUGACGAACUUCGUGAAGCCAAACACUGGUGGGGAUUAUCCAGAAUUCGCCAAACAAGCAGCUCUGGAUGCUAUAAAAGAUGCUGGGAUAAAAUACGAAAACAUAGAACAAUGCGUGUGCGCUUACGCAUCGGGAGACUCAACAAGUGGCCAAAGAGUUGUAUAUCAAAUUGGGAUGACAGGAAUACCAAUACACAACGUCAAUAACAAUUGCGCAACAGGCUCCAGUGCGUUAUUCCUGGCCAAACAACUUAUAGAAGGCAACAUAGCUGAUAUAAUAAUGGUGCUCGGUUUUGAGAAAAUGAGACAAGGCCCCCUCAGAGGCAACUUUACAGACAGAUCGGCUCCUCUAGAGAAACACAUUGCAAAGAUGAAGGAAAUGACGAAGAUUUUACCCGGACCGAUGACGCCGCAGUAUUUCGGGAACGCUGGCUUAGAACAUAUGAAGAAAUAUGGCACGACAGAGCUGCACAUUGCUAAGGUGGCUGCAAAGAAUCAUCGCCACGGAGCUAGAAAUCCUCGAGCACAAAGCAAGAGAGCUUACAAUGUUGACGAAAUCUUGCAAUCUAGAAAGAUUUACGGACCACUGACGAAAUUGGAGUGCUGCCCUACAAGUGAUGGGGCCGGAGCGGCGAUACUUAUGUCCGAAGAUGCUGUCUUGCAAUUCGGUCUUCAACACAAAGCGGUGCAGAUAUUAGGCAUGGAAAUGGCAACUGACACGCCUUCUUUGUUCAGAGAGAAGAGUUUCAUUAAGUUAGUUGGAUACGAUAUGACCGUUGAUGCUUCUAAAAGGCUGUAUGAAAAGACUGGGGUGUCUCCAAAGCAAGUAGAUGUGGUAGAGCUGCAUGAUUGCUUUGCUACAAAUGAAAUUAUAACUUAUGAAGGUUUGCAGCUUUGUGGGGAAGGGGAAGCUGGAAAGUUUAUUGACGCUGGCGAUAAUACGUAUGGAGGGCAGGUGGUGGUUAACCCAAGCGGUGGAUUGAUAGCUAAGGGGCAUCCCCUGGGGGCGACGGGGCUGGCCCAGUGCGCAGAGCUGGUGUGGCAGCUCAGAGGCGAGGCUGGAGAGAGACAGGUACCAAAUCCUAGGAUAGGUCUGCAGCACAACUUGGGACUAGGAGGGGCAGUCGUCGUAGCAAUGUACAAGAAAGGAUUCACUUCUUAUCAGCCAAAGAAAAUGUCCAAGUUGUGA